AUGAGGUGUGCGGAUGGCAUUAAAAUUGCCAAAAUAGAAAGAAUUAAUAGGAAGGUGACAAGCGAGGAUGGCGGCUUCUCGUAUGUCCCCACUAAUUCCGUCAUUGUUACGUUCGGCGGAAAGAGAAUGCCCAAGUCUGUGUAUAUGUAUUAUAACAGCAGACCGAUAGAGACGUACGUACCCAGGGUCAUUCAAUGUUUUGGAUGCUUACGGUGCGGACAUACCAAAGCCAUUUGUAAAAGCCCAUCUAUAAGAUGCCCAGCUUGCGCGAAAGAUCAUCCUCUCGAUAUGUGCCCUGACAGAGACGCUCCGGUUUGUCUUCAUUGUGGAGGCAACCAUUUAACCAACGAGCAGAACAAGAGAUUGGCACAUAGAACGUGCCCGGAAUACCUGCGUCAGAAAGCUAUUAAGUCGAAUAUGGUGAACUAUCAAUGCUUGUUCUUUGAGACUGAUAAAUUGUCGAGACAGAAUAGCCAGAUGAAGGCGCAAUAUAGAAUAGCCUUUCCGGACACAAUCAGUAGACAAGUCUCGUUGCCCAGUGAACGGCCGGCUUCUAACAAGAAGCCGUUUGCUCAAGUUGCUCGAAGCCGUUCUCCCCCAGCUUCUACUACGUUUUCUGUUUCCUCAGCAAGGAACAUUGCUUGGGAUCACUCCUAUGAGCCGGAGGCUCCGAAGAGGAAAAUAAUGUAA